GGGUUUUGGUUUACGAGGUGUACAUGAACGCAGCACAUCGCAGGCAUCAAGGAGAAUGGGCGGUCCGUUGCGCUUUAACGUACUAACACCUCCAAACGACACAUUGGAGCCACGGGAUUUUGACAGCAAAGUGAGGUCAAAGGAGGUUGUGACACGGCAGGAUUUUCCCUCCAGCCAGCCAACAGUCGAAGUGGUCAGUGAGAAUCCAGCAGCAGCAGCAGCGACUGGAUCCCAGCAGUGAAUGUCUCCAUGGGCAAACAGCUUUCUUUGAAGUCCUGAUCAGCCCCUGAGCUUUUGUCUUUCCCAAAGGCCAUUACGUCCCCCCACCAUCACAUGUAAUUAUGGGGGAGGUGGUCCAGAUGCACUUCACCACCGUGGACUACGUCAUCUUUGCUCUGCUACUGGUAGCCUCAACUGGUAUCGGCCUCUUUUAUGCCCUCUCUGGGGGCCGUCAACGCACAACGCAGGAGUUCUUGAUGGCUGACCGUUCCAUGAGCUGCCUGCCCGUGUCCCUGUCCCUGCUGGCCACAUUCCAGUCUGCCGUGGCCAUCCUGGGCGCUCCGUCGGAAGUCUACACCUUUGGAACUCAGUACUGGUUUCUGGGCUGCUCCUAUUUCUUCGGUCUGCUCAUCCCAGCUCAUGUAUUUAUACCAGUUUUCUACAGACUCCAGCUGUCUAGUGCGUAUGAGUAUCUGGAGCUGCGAUUUAACAAGACAGUUCGCAUCUGUGGGACUGUGACCUUCAUCUUUCAGAUGGUCAUUUAUAUGGGGGUAGUCCUGUAUGCGCCAGCACUUGCUCUUAAUGCAGUGACAGGGUUUGACCUCUGGGGGGCAGUGUUGGCUAUGGGACUGGUGUGUACUCUGUAUACAGCUCUGGGGGGUCUGAAGGCUGUGAUCUGGACUGAUGUGUUCCAGACUGUGGUGAUGUUUGCAGGCCAGCUAGCUGUUAUCAUAGUGGGGGGCAGUCAAGCAGGAGGUAUGGGAGAGGUGUGGAGGAAAGCCAUCAAUGGCAGCCGCAUCGCUGGACUAGACCUGAACCCUGACCCUCUGCAGCGUCACACCUUCUGGACGCUGGGUGUAGGAGGAAUCUUUCUCAUGUUGGCUCUCUAUGGUGUUAACCAGGCGCAGGUUCAGAGAUACCUCAGUUCCCGCACUGAGAAGGAAGCUGUCAUGUCCUGCUAUGUGGUUUUCCCGUGCCAGCAGGUCGUCCUGUGUUUAGGUUGUCUGAUGGGUCUGGUCAUGUUCGCUCGUUAUGGAGAGGACAGCCCUCUGGAUAAGGGUUACGUCCAAACUAACGACCAGAUGGUGCUGUACUUUGUAAUGGACGUGUUUAGGGAUCUGCCCGGCCUUCCAGGACUGUUUGUGGCUUGUCUCUUCAGUGGAGCUCUCAGCACCAUCUCAUCAGCGUUCAACUCCUUGGCAACAGUAACUAUGGAGGACUUGAUUAAACCCCAUUUUCCUAAUAUGACUGAAGCAAAAGCCACACUGCUCUCCAAAGGGCUCGCUUUGGUCUACGGUCUGGUGUGCCUGGCUAUGGCCUACAUCGCCUCUGUAAUGGGAUCUGUGCUGCAGGCAGCCUUCAGUAUCUUUGGCAUGGUGGGGGGGCCCCUUCUGGGACUAUUCUGCCUGGGAAUGUUCUUCCCCUGGGCAAACCCUAUUGGUGCCGUGCUCGGGUUGGCAGCAGGCCUUGCCAUGGCCUUCUGGAUAGGCAUCGGUAGCUUUAUCACACGCAUGUCUGGUCCAACACCAGUGCCACCACUCAACAGCACAGCUCUGCCACCGUUUGACAACAUGACUACCACCAUUCUGACCUCACUGGUCAGCACUGCUGCACCGAAGCCAAGACCGACCGGUGUGGAGGCGCUCUACUCGUUGUCCUACAUGUGGUACAGUGCUCACAACUCAGCCACUGUGGUGGUGGUUGGGCUGAUAGUUAGUCUGAUAACAGGACCAAUGAAAGAGAAAGAGCUGACUCCAGGAACAGUUUUCCCAGUCCUGGGCACGUUACUCUUCUUCCUGCCGGAGCAAUACAAGGAGAAGCUUUGCUGCAUCACUCCUCUGACUCAGAAGCCCAAAGAAGUCCAUAUGCAGCCUUAUCAAAUGGCCAAGAAGGAACGUAACGGAGCAACUUGCUGCAAAGAGGACUUGGUCACGGAGGACAAGGAAGCAGAAAGCGACAGAGCAGAGACGGAAGACGACGACUUGGACACAAAGAUGUCUCUGCCAUCAUGCCAGCUGACGGACUCCACAGUUCAGGAAACAGCUUUGUGAUCCUUUAUUCUCCUUUUAAAACGCACAAGGCGCACACAUUCACUUUGACCCCAGCUGCUGUACCAUCCACUCGCCAUGUAGGGAAUAAAAGCAAAAUGCCCUUUUAGGUGAUCUGCUACAGUAAUGUUGGAUGUUGCAGCUUCAAUUGAAUUUUAUUAUAGAGCAGAGAAGAGACAAAAAGAGCACACACAGGGUCGAGGGUCUGUCCAGAUGUUUAUGUUUGACAUGAGGAAACCGCCCAGCUCCCAGCCACAAUGAUCUGUCCCACCAAGACCGCAUCCUCUUCUCCUUUUACCUGAAACAAAGAAAUCAGGUCGUUAACUGAUGCAAAAUGUUAAACUUUUAUUUUGUAGAGAAGAUAAAACUGGCAAAUACCAGAAUUUAUGAGGAUAUAAGUGUACUCUGAGACUGAACUUUAAUGGAGGACAUGUCGUGUCUUACAGUCUUGGUUUAACACUGUCACAAGCAUGAAGCUGCGAUGAUGAGGAUGGCGGAG